GUAGAGAAUGUUUCAGGUAAAAACUUUAUGGCGCUUGUUGGAAGAUUGACGUCUAGGUCUCGUGUGUGUUCUUCUUUUGUUCAGAAGUUCGGCAGGGUUCGAUGCUAUUGAACAGUUGCAAUUUUCUAUCCUAUCGUACAGAAUUUAUGUUUUAGGCUACAUUACAGUCUGAUAUAAUAAUGUUUAACCAAAGUACACUAGGAGCAUCUUCAAGUUUUGGAGCUACUAAUACUCCAUCAUCAGCUAACCCAAUGAAAGAUUUUGAGGUUACUUCACCGCCAGAUGAUUCUGUAUCUUCACUAGCUUUCAGCCCAGCCACAAUUCCACAAAACUUUCUUAUUGCUGGAAGCUGGGAUAACAAUGUCCGAUGUUGGGAAGUCGAACAGACUGGUAAAACUAUCCCCAAGUCCAUGCAGACAAUGCAGGGUCCAGUUCUGGAUGUUUGCUGGAGUGAUGAUGGAACCAAAGUGUUCAUGGCAUCUUGUGACAAGAUGGUGAAAUGCUGGGACCUGAACAGCAAUCAGACAAUGCAAGUGGCAGCACACGAUGCUCCUGUGAAAACGUGUCACUGGGUGAAAGGACCAACGUACUCCUGCUUGAUGACUGGCUCCUGGGAUAAAACUCUCAAAUUCUGGGACACUCGAAGUCCAAACCCAAUGUUGACAAUAAGUCUUCCAGAACGAGCUUACUGUGCAGAUGUUGACUACCCAAUGGCUGUAGUUGGGACUGCAGGUCGUGGACUGAUUGUUUAUCAGUUAGAAGGCAAACCACAAGAAUACAAACGCAUUGAAUCACCACUGAAAUACCAGCAUCGUUGCAUCGCCAUUUUUCGCGACAAAAAGAAGUCUCCCACGGGCUAUGCCUUGGGAAGUGUGGAGGGUCGUGUAGCAAUUCAAUAUGUAAAUCCACAAAAUCCCAAAGACAACUUUACUUUCAAGUGUCAUCGCUCAAAUGGAGCUCCUAAUGGCUAUCAAGAUAUUUAUGCAGUGAAUGAUAUAGCUUUUCACCCAGUUCAUGGAACACUGGCAACUGUUGGCUCAGAUGGGAGUUUCAGCUUCUGGGAUAAGGAUGCCCGUACAAAACUUAAACCAUCAGAGGCCAUGGAACAACCAAUUACUCGUUGCUGCUUUAAUAGUAAUGGACAGAUCUUUGCAUAUGCUGUCAGCUAUGAUUGGUCAAAGGGACAUGAAUUCUACAAUCCACUGAAAAAGAACUACAUUUUCUUACGAUCUUGCUAUGACGAAUUGAAGCCUCGCAGCUCUUCUUAAAUACAUUUUAUACAGAAGAUGUUGCAUAGCAAUAAGCCAAGAUGAAUUUUGGGAUAGAAGACAUAUGAAAGGAAGCUUUAGGGUACUGGUAUUUUCUAAGCAACCUUCUACACAAGAGCUUUAUGAAAAGGAAAAUAUAAUACUUGGCUUUGUGCAGUCACGGCUGAAUUGGAUGGAGAAACUGGAAAAGCUGCUGAUCAGGAACGGAUUGGGAUUGCUAGAGAUGGCAUUAUUAAGCAUUUUGUUUUUGUAACUGAAAAAUCUUCCCAUAGCCAUGUAAUUUAAUGAGCAUUUUUAUUAUUAUUUUACUUGCAAUGUAUGUUAAUAUCAUAGUCUGUAUUCAGUAUACAGGGCUUCCCAAAAAGGUAUACACAUAUUCAGUGAAUGAAAUAAAGACAUUUUAAUAAACUAAA